UGUUUACAUUGAAAGUACAUUUACUAUCAAUCUGGAACGCCGCUACAAGUUAGUGAAAUUAUAGCAAACAAGUGGCCGGGAAAUGAGUUCAUCAAAUUUUCUAGUGCUAUUGAAAGCAUUUUCCGAAUCGCUGAAGCGUGCGUUCAAAGAGGACGACAUCGAAUUGCUGAAGGCGGAAUAUGAUGCCGCGCGUGCCAGCGAUAACGAUAAAAAGACGGCACUACAUCAGGCGUUUCGAGAUAUGUUGCUCACGAAAACGGAGGACAUCCCUGCCAUCGAGCGGUUUAUCAGCUUCGCCGUCACAUCCUGCCGCAAGGAUAUGACGGUCGCGACGAUGCCGGUGGUACUUCUGGGGGACAUCUUCGAUGCGGUAACAUUAGAUCGGGCCGAGAAAAUCUUUACGUACGUUGAGAACAAUGUGGCCAUUUGGAAGGAAGAAUUUUUCUUCACCGCUUGCAAACACAAUCUGCUUCGUAUGUGCAACGAUUUGUUACGGCGGUUGUCCCGCUCGCAAAACACAGUUUUCUGUGGACGGAUACUGCUGUUCUUGGCCAAGUUUUUCCCAUUCUCCGAGCGCAGCGGCUUGAACAUCAUAUCGGAGUUUAACCUGGAGAAUAUCACCGAGUACGGCAUGGAAGGGAAUGAAAUGACACUCGAACAGCUGUCUGCAGGCAGUGAGGUAGAGGACGAUGCGAAGACGGAAGAUGAGAAACUCAAGAUUGACUACAAUCUGUACUGCAAGUUUUGGGCGUUACAAGAUUUUUUCCGCAACCCAAAUCAGUGCUACAACAAAGUCCAAUGGAAAACAUUUGCCACCCAUGCCGGCAGUGUAUUGGCGGCGUUCAUUAGCUUCAAGCUGGAAGAGCAUCGUGCAUCGAGUGUUAGUACGAAGGCACCCGAAGGAUCCGCCGCGACCGACGAUCGUAUGGAGGAGGACCAAAUCCGUGAAUCGGGACAUUUCUUCGCUAAAUUCCUUACCAAUCCGAAGCUGCUUUCGUUACAGCUUUCCGAUUCGAACUUCCGACGCUCAGUGUUGGUACAGUUUCUCAUUCUGUUCCAGUACCUCAAUUCUACGGUGAAGUUCAAGGCCGAGACGCACAUCCUCACGCAAGCACAGAGCGAUUGGUUGAAGGAAACCGAAACGGUAGUGUACCGGUUGAUCGAGGAGUCUCCUCCAAAUGGAAAAAAGUUUGCCACUACCGUGCGGCACAUGCUGACACGCGAGGAACUGUGGAACAGCUGGAAGAAUGAGGGUUGCAAAGAGUUCAAGCGUCCGGAAGCGGUGCUAGAAGAAGGCUCGUCUACCACAGCAACAACCAGCUCGGGUUCUGGAGCGGCCCCAGCGGUAACGGCUUCUAGUGGUCGUCCUCCGGCCAAACGACCCCGUCGACCGUUGGGAGACCUGAUUCGGGACGCAACAAAACAGGGCAAGUUUUACAUGGGCAACCAGGAAAUAACGCGCCUGUGGAACCUUUGUCCGGACAAUUUGCAGGCAUGCAAGGGUACGGAUAGAAAUUUUCUACCAUCUCUCGAGUCUUACCUAGAGAAUCCGAAAGAAAAACAGGACCCUUCGUUCGAGUGGCGCGCGCUACGUUUGCUUGCCCGUCAAUCGCCUCACUUCUUCACGCUGUUCAACACACCCUCGUACAAGGUGUCCGACUACCUCGAGAGCGUUCGCAAGAAGAUCCAGAAGGACAAGCUCGACAUCAAACUGGAAAAUGCAAUCAAAGAGGAAACAGCACCCCAAUCCACAGAACAGACGGAAGCCGAAGGUGAGGGACUGGUUGGGGAUGAGGAACACGAGCAGAUGGAAACGGAACUGUUGAAGACAGAGCAGCUGACGCCGGAAGAUAAAAACACCCACAAAACGCUUGCGGUGAGCAAGGAGCAGCUUUCCGAGCUGGCACCGAGCAUCGGAAAGGACUGGAAGAAGCUAGCCACUAAGCUUGGGUAUAGUGCCGACGAGAUCCAGUACUUUGAGUCGGAAAAUGCCACUGUGGUGGACCAGUGCUGCCAUUUGUUGACACUCUGGUUCGACGACGACAUGGAUGCAAGUCUGGACAACUUGGCGUACAUUCUGGAGGGUUUGGAAAUGAUGCCUGCAGCCGAUGCGGUCAAGCAAAUGAUUGCACUACUUAGUGAUAAGGCUGAGGAUGUAUCAGAGUGAGCUCACUAAGGUGGCCAAUAUUCGGCUUGUAUCAUUUCCUAUAGAUGUCGGUAAAAUAAAUGUCGUUUCCAUAAAUUCCUAAAA